AUGAAAAAGAGAAGGCCUGCCAAGCCAGACCACAGUUGCAUGGCAGACGCUGGCUCUGGGUUGAGAAGAAGUUUCCGACUCGGAAGAAAGAGCAGUUGGGCCAGAGAAGCGGCUCGGUCCAGGAGUUGGAGCACAGGGGUACACAGCUCAGUUCGACCCCCUACCUACAAACAGGUGACCCCCUACCACAGAGACCCCAAGGACCCACACCGCCUGGUUGUUCUGGUUGGGCCCAGCGGCGUUGGCGUUAAUGAACUGAAGAGGAGGCUCCUGCUCUCAGACCCUGACCACUAUGGCGUGACUGUACCGCACACCACACGUGAGAAGAAAAGGCAGGAGAAUGAAGGAGUGGAUUAUAAUUUUGUGUCAAUAUCCAUGUUUGAAGAGGAUAUUCUCAAUCAAAGGUUUGUAGAAUAUGGAAGAUACAGUGGACACUACUAUGGAACAAGUGUAGAUUCUGUGCACAAAUUGAUGGCUGAGGGCAAGGUGUGCCUUCUGUGUGUGCACCCUACU